GCCUCCAGCAGGGGCUGCGCUUGUGGAAAAGCGAAAGUGAGCAGCCAGCGAGGGCUGCCGGGAAAGGCGCGGCGUCGGCAGGAAGGGUGUGUGCCUAUUUGGAGCAGAAGGCAGGCAGCAGGUCCUGGGAAGGCAGACUCUCUAGGCGUGAAGAUGUUCUUUACUUGUGGCCCCAAUGAAGCCAUGGUUGUCUCGGGUUUCUGCCGCAGCCCCCCAGUGAUGAUUGCUGGGGGCCGGGUAUUUGUGGUACCGUGUAUACAACAGAUCCAGAGGAUCUCACUUAACACACUGACCCUGAAUGUGAAGAGUGAGAAAGUUUACACCCGGCAUGGAGUCCCCAUUUCAGUCACUGGCAUCGCACAGGUGAAGAUCCAGGGCCAGAACAAGGAGAUGCUGGCAGCUGCUUGCCAAAUGUUCCUGGGCAAGUCUGAAGCAGAAAUUACACACAUUGCUCUGGAGACCCUGGAAGGGCAUCAGAGAGCCAUCAUGGCCCAUAUGACAGUAGAGGAAAUCUACAAGGACCGUCAGAAGUUUUCUGAGCAGGUCUUCAAAGUGGCCUCGUCUGACCUGGUCAACAUGGGGAUCAGUGUGGUCAGUUAUACCCUCAAGGAUAUUCACGAUGACCAGGAUUAUCUUCAUUCUCUGGGAAAAGCCCGAACUGCUCAGGUACAGAAGGAUGCCAGGAUUGGAGAAGCCGAAGCCAAGAGGGAUGCUGGCAUCAGGGAAGCCAAGGCCAAGCAAGAGAAAUUGUCGGCCCAGUUUUUGAACGAUAUUGAGAUGGCCAAAGCCCACCGAGAUUUCGAGCUGAAGAAGGCUACUUACGACAUCGAGGUGAACACGCGGAAAGCAGAAUCAGAUUUGGCCUAUCAGCUCCAGGUGGCGGUGACCAAGCAGAAGAUUGAAGAGGAGAAAAUGCAGGUCUUGGUGGUGGAGCGAACUCAGCAGAUUCAGAUCCAGGAGCAGGAGAUGAUCCGUAAAGAACGGGAGCUGGAGGCCCAGAUCAAGAAACCAGCCGAAGCAGAACGUUACCGGUUGGAGAAAUUAGCCGAGGCUGAAAGGUGUCAGCUCAUCAUGCAGGCGGAGGCAGAGGCAGAAGCCAUCCGGGUGAAGGGCGAGGCUCAGGCGUACGCAGUUGAGGCCAAAGCCCGGGCUGACGCUGAGCAGAUGUCGAAGAAGGCAGAAGCUUUUAAGCAGUAUCAAGAGGUUGCCAUGGUGGACAUGCUUUUGGAGAAGCUUCCAGAGAUGGCCGAAGAGAUCAGCAAACCGUUGGCUUCCGUGAGUAAGAUCACCAUGGUGUCGAGCGGGAAUGGAGAUGUGGGUGCCGCGAAGAUGACCGGGGAAGUGCUGGAAAUCAUGAAUAAGCUGCCUGAAGCUGUUGAGAAACUGACCGGUGUUAGCAUCUCUCAGCAGAUGAAUCAGAAGAAACCAGGACGGAUGAACUGACGGCUCAGAAGGACAAAGGAAAAGUCUUCUUGAGAGUUGAACACCCAUGAAUCCUCAUCAAUGUGCACCCAUAUUUAGCGUUCCUCCUACCGGUGCCCUCCUGUGAAUGCCGAACCUUUGUUAUGGACAAGAUUGUUGCAUGCCUAUCAGUAUCAGCAAAUGAUGAGGUCUUGUUACUCUGCUGUAGCACCGUGAUAGCUGGUGAUGUCGCAGGUCUACCCUGUCCCCACAAUGUGUCGCAGUGUGGACCUGUGUAUACUGAUUUCCACCGUCACUUGUAAAACAGGAUCCCGUUGUUCCUUUCCUUGAUGCUGUUUUUGCUGCCUGAGCACUGCUGGUCACUAAAUCCCUUUUUCCUAUAAGCAAGCUGUCCUCAAGGAUUCUAACAAUGAUUCUAGUUCUAAAAAGGCUGGGAAGGCUAUAAGAACAGAGUAAGGAUGAAGGUUGAAACCUAAAAUCUGUUGUUGUUGUUUUAAAGGGUGGCUUUGUUUCAGGGAUUUCUGCCAAGGUGAGGUAAUUUAGGGUUUUGUUCAGUUGCCACCUGUGUACAGAGAGGGGUUUGGUUUUACAGCCCUUAUCUAACCUAGUGAUGUGUGGGCAGGCCAGUUCUCUUUCUCUAAACCAAGGGUGGGGGACAAUGGCUCCUUUUAGGACUUGUGGACUUCAACUCCCAGAAUUCCUGAGCCAGCCAUGCUGAACUCUGGGAGUUCAGGGAUUCUGGGAGUUGAAGUCCACAAGUCCUAAAAGGGGGCAUUGUUUCCCCACCCCUCAUCUAACCCUUCCCAACUUGCUUGAUAUAUCAACAUCUCCAUUUGUGCCAUAGCGUUUGGUGCUAUGUGUAGCUAAGAUUCUUCAAUUUAGCAAACUUCUUCCUUUUGAGUCUUUUGUCUUCUUCUUCUGUCCUCCUUCAUCUCACCACCACUCUCAUUCCCCCAGUCCUUAAUCUCAUUUUUGAGGGGAGAGGAGCCUUUGUCCAUAGCAGCUUUCUUGUGUUAAAUCAAAAAGUUCUCCCUGCCAAGAAGACAAUCCACACGGCGGUGACAGGAGACUCCCUCAGGAAAUGAAUGUUGUAAUAGGCCUCUCUUCUGCCUGCAUGUUCAUCUCCUCUUAAAACCACCAUCUGAAUGUGCCUUAUAUCUGUUUGAACUAACAGAGUAGAUAUUCGUCAUCAUUUCCCUAGAAGGGGAAAUAUAAAGGGUCCCUAUUUUCACUGUCUAGUUAUCAUUAUCUCUCCCUUUUGAAUUUUGCUGGAAGCUUUUCAAUUUUGUAUCCUGGCUGCCCAUGUUCUCAUCUUUGCUUAUUGUCCCAAAUCGUUAAAGGAGGCCACCUGCUCAUAUCUUCAUGAGGCACACCUGGUCAGAGGGUAGCCCUUCUACAGUGGCUUAAAUAUCACCCCUGGACCUGUGCUUCUGAAUUCACAUAUGCCGUGUUUGGCCUGCUUGCUUGUUUGUGUGUUGUGGCCUCAGCAUGGUGCCUUGUCUAUGUUCGUCUGAAGAGAAGGGGAAGUCCAUUCUCCAUGCUACUGAGAUUGUCAACUAAGAAUAAAGGCCAAGAUUACUUAUUGCC